GGGGUGGGGGGGACAAAAAAAAAAAUGGGGGGGGGGGGGGGGGGGGGGGGGGGGGGGGGGGGGGGGGGGGGGGGGGGGGGGGGGGGGGGGGGGGGGGGGGGGGGGGGGGGGGGGGGGGGGGGGGGGGGGGGGGGGGGGGGGGGGUUGUUUGA